AUGCGGGUGAUGUUCACAGGCCAUAGAAACAUCAAGAGUCAAGGAUUCAUUGCCAUUGAUGACAUUACAGUGAGGAAAGGAGCCUGCAGUAAUCUGAAUGUGUGUGGGUUUGAUUCCAGCUUGUGUGGCUUUGAGAAUGAUGUCAGUCGUCUUGGUCGCUGGGGUCGCAAAAAAGGCACAAAACAACAUGUGGACCACACCUAUGGAACUGAAAAUGGUUACUACAUGACUGUCAUGAAAUCAAAUAACUCGCACUGUGCAGUAGCUCAGCUGCUUACACCGGAGUUCACCUCAGAUAAAGAUAUGUGUAUACGCUUCUGGUACUGGUUACCUGCAAAGACUUUGAAUGUCCUGAGAGUCCAUGUAAUGCGGAGCGGGGACCUGGGUGAAGCACUUUGGUCAGGAGCACCCACCACAGGCUGGGAGGUGGCAGAGGUCACUCUGUCCUCACCUGCAAAAUUCCGCGUGGUGUUUAAGGGAGUCUAUGUGGCAGGCAUGAAUACUGCAGUGCAUAUAGAUGAUUUUUCUGUGAAGGAUGGAGCCUGUUCUCCAUCUGGCAGCUGUGACUUUGAGUCUGGACAGUGCACCUGGAUCAAUAUCCCCAAAGAAGAUGGACAUGAUUGGGUAUUGGCCAAUGGGGGCUUCCAGGGUCCACCCACAGACCAUACCACUGGCACCCCAGAAGGUCGGUUCUUGUUGAGCUUACCACCGCGGAAAACCAACGGAAGUCGUGCACAAGUAGUGUCAGAAUGGAUUCAAGUGAAAGACACCACUUCCUGUCUCACCCUAUGGUACCAUAUGGAUAGCAGCGACUCUGGGAUGUUGCGGGUCUACUUAAGGAGCCCAUCAGAGGGGGAUCUGUUGUUCCAAAGUAACAGCAGUGGACACAGCUGGACCAGGUUCUCUCAGUCUGUAAAGAGGUCCAAACCUUUCCAGCUGCUGAUUGAAUCAGAGGCUAACAACAGAGGAUUUAUUGCCAUUGAUGAUAUCAGUCUCACAUCAGGCCGUUGCCAAGUGAAUGAAACAAGUUUGGGAUUUGUGGGUUGUACAUUUGAGAAUGGCACAUGUGACUGGGAGGACAUCAGUGUUGGCCAGAGUCAGUGGGUGAGAGGAAGAAAUGCUACUGGGGACACUGGACCCUCUGUUGACAACACAUUGGGCUCUCAGUUGGGUUGGUACAUGGCAGUGGAGUCUUACAAUGGAGAUCAAAUGAGCCCUGCUGCCCUGCAGAGUCCUGCCAUGAAACAGGCCAGCUCUACUUGCACACUACACUUCCAUUACAACAUGUAUGGAGAGGACAUAAAAGAGCUGAAUGUGCUGCUAAAGGACGGCUCCAGGACCACCACCUUGUGGUGGCAAUCGGGUAACCAUGGAGAUUUGUGGCAACAUGGUGAGGUAACAGUUGGUAGAACCCCUCAGGACUUUACCAUCCUCUUUGAAGCCUCCAGGACCUUCAACAAACCUGGUCAUAUUGCCAUUGACGACAUAGACUUCACCAACUGCACCCUGCCUGAGCCACAGCCUGUAUGUCCUGAGAACAUGUUCAUGUGCAAUAACAGCGUGUGUGUAGAGAGCAACCAAGUGUGUGACUUCAGCGAUGACUGCGGGGACUGGUCUGAUGAGAACAUUUGCGAGCAACAAGGAGUGGUAGAGCGCUGCAGCUUUGAACAAGGCCUGUGUUCCUGGGAGGAGAGUGAGGUGGACACCCCUGGAGCUGAGUGGACACAACACAGAGGGCAAGAAGCCUGGCCUAAACAUGGGCCACCCAGAGAUCACACCCAGAAUUCCGACGCAGGUCACUAUGUUGUCCCUGGGACUCACCUGACUGAGAAGGGGCAGGCAUCAGAGAUUCUCUCCAAAACCUUACUACCCAGCUCUAAUUGCACACUGAGAUUAUUCUACUACAGCCUGGACGAUGCUACCACCAGACUGACCGCCCAGUCUAGGACGCAACGUUCUGGUGUUGACGACACUGUGUUAUGGCUCAGGGAAAACUCACAGAGCUACAGCUGGCAGAGAGCAGAGGUCACCUUUUCCUCCUCAGUCAAUUGCAAGAUUGUCUUCAGAUACGAGCAAAGUGAUGGUCACAGAGGACUGGUUGCACUGGAUGACAUCUCUUUCUCCAAAGAUUGUGUAUUUGACCCUACCAACAGUGAACUGCCUGACACAUCCCCCACCUCUGCCCCACCUACAACCUCUCCUGCACCCACAUCCGCACCGACCAACCCGUGUCAGGAUAAUGAGUUUUUCUGUUGGCGUUCAGCUGGCAAAGUGUGUAUUCUUGCUAGUUUACAGUGUAAUUAUCAUCCAGACUGUCCCCAGAGGGAGGAUGAGGAUGGCUGUGGUCCGUGCACAUUUGAGAGUAACGAGUGCCAGUGGUUAGACACCAGUGAUGGACCGAGGAGGUGGCAGAGACAGAAAGCCAGUGACAACACAGAGCCACCCACUGAUCACACUACAGAGACAGGCUACUACAUGAGUGUGAAUUUCAAUCAGGUGUCCACACCGAUUGAGGCACGACUCCAGAGUCCCUCACUACCCCCGUCAUCCCCCUACUGCCAGAUUCUGUUUCACUUCCACAUCAGCUCAGAGUGUGCUGGGUCACUCAGAGUGCUUAUGCAGCAAGCUGAUGGAAGUGAAGCAAUCCUGUGGUCACGUAGUCACAACACUGUCUCUCAUUGGACACCGGAAUAUCUGCCUCUAGGCCUGCACCAGCAGCGUUAUAAGAUUUGGUUCAGUGGCAUGAAUAAAGUGACCCAUGACUGCCCCACCUCUAAAGAUCACAUUAUUGCUGUGGAUGAUAUCUCUUUUCUGAACUGUGAACAAUCAUUCAAACCACCAGCCCUGUCUGCCUACGACUGUUCUUUCGAAGAUGGUUCGUGUGUUUGGGUGCAGGACGCUAAGGAUGACUUGGACUGGCUCAGUUGGUCAGGUCCCACCGACACACCAAACACUGGGCCUGCUGGAGACCACACUACUGGCAUAGGAAAAUACCUUUACAUCAAGAGUUCCCCGCCAAGUAUAAAGGGGAAUAUGGCCCAGCUGAAGUCCCCAUUGCUGCCACUUGCUGGUGGAAAAGGAUACUGCUUCACAUUCUGGUACCACAUGUUUGGACCCACUGUGGGUUCUUUAAGGAUGUUUCUACGAACAGCUGAGUCCUUGGAGAAAACACUGGUGUGGCAAAAAUCAGGAAAUCAGGGGGAUGAGUGGCUGCUGGUGCAGAGCCACAUGACCUUCCAGAAAGUCCACCAAGUGAUUUUGGAGGCCACAGUGGGUGGAGAGGUGGGGGACAUAGCCAUUGAUGACAUAUCCCUCAUCAGCGGUCCAUGCCCUACCUCUGAUCUGUGUGAUUUUGAGGAGGGGAGCUGUAACUGGCAGCAGCAGACCACUGAUGAUGCUGAAUGGGUCAGACAGUCAGGCUCUACACUCAACCCCAACACAGGACCAGACAGUGACCACACCACCAACACACCCACGGGCCAUUACUACUACCUGCCCUCCUCUACUGCUGACCGCGCCGGCCACACAGCUGUGAUGUUUUCACCACUGUACCCUGCAGGCACAGGAACUUGUGUACAGCUGUGGUACCACAUGUAUGGAAAAGGCAUGGGGACACUGAAUGUUUACCAGCAGAAUGAGGACGGGAAGAAAUCUCAGAUUUUCUCCCAGAAAGGAGACCAGGGCCGGCUGUGGUGGUUCGCUCAGGCUUCACUUCAGCCUCGGACUCAGUCUUACAGGAUUGUGGUGGAAGGUGUGAAGGCUGGUCCCAGCCAGGAGGGAGACAUGGCUUUUGAUGAUGUGCAGCUGAUAGAUGCUCAGUGUCCUCCUCGUGGAUAUUGUGACUUUGAGAGCAACAUGUGUAGCUGGAGCAACCUGGGCGGAGGAAUCGACCAGGGUGACUGGCUCCGAGGGAAAGGGGCCUCACCAAACCACAACACUGGACCCAGAGUGGAUCACACCACGGACUCAACACACGGUUACUAUCUAUAUGUGGACAGCUUGGUGGGUCAACGGAGAGACACGUCCCUCCUCAUCAGUGAUAUGUUCCAGCCUUCCACUAGAGGGCACUGUCUUACAUUCUGGUAUCACAUGUAUGGCAACCACGGUGGGACCCUCAGAGUCCUUAUAAAUGACAGAAAAACACAUAUUGGUGACAGCGAAGACGGGAUUCUUAAGUGGGCUGAGACAGGAAACAAAGGAGACAAGUGGCAGCAGGCCAGAGUGGAUAUUAAACAUGAAGAAGCAUUCUGGUUGGUGUUUGUGUAUCUGAGGGGGAUGAAUACAGGCGGCGACGUUGCUCUCGAUGACAUCUCCAUCCUCUCUGGCCCCUGCUCCUCCAGUGAUGAUACGUUGUCUAUAGGCCUCGGUGUUGGUUUCACUCUGCUGGCUGGUGUCAUUAUCGCCCUCAUCCUCUUUAUAAUGAAUAGGAAGCGCUGUGAACCAGCCUACAAUUCUGCAUAA